GAUCGAUCUCAAACGCCGGGUGAAAGGACCACUCGAACUAUAUAAUCACCUUGCAAUAGUCCAGAUAUCGCCAGAUCACCAGUGUCCUAUUCGACCUUGUCCAGUUAACGAUUCGAUAUCGAGCACCAAACUCUAGCUUGUCCGAAGAUGAAGAACAUCCUGCCCUCGAUCGCCUUGGCCUUGAUCGCCGGUCUGACCGGUUCUCAGGCGGCUGACAACGUCACCACCAGCAACAUCACUUCCACCUCUCCCACCUCGUCUUCCGGUCUUGGGUACGGUAACAUCACCUCGACCAUCCCCUCAAACUCUACCUUCUCGUUCGGCUCCCGUUAUGCCAUCCUAAACCUGGAUCUCAUCAACGGGAUCGUCGGGUCGUUUAAUACCACCCCCGCAGGACAAGGGUUCAUCAACAGUACUUCCGAAUGGAUCGACGCCGUCCAGUCCAAAUCCAACACCUCAUCCGGAUCAUACGAUCCUCUGACGAUCUACACCCGGAUCUACUUCUCUACCCCCCAGACGCCCGAACUAGGUUUGGGUGUGCCGUUCUCGAACAUCGCUCAGGGGUUCGGGAACAUCACCGAGUCGAGCGAGACGGGCGAGUUGUACCCGGCCUUUGCGGAGAAGGUGUUGGACACGGAUUUGAUCCUGCAGAAGACCAGGUUUUACGCUGGCGCUGGGAACGGACUAGAAGAGAUCCUCAGGGCGAACAAGAUCGAUACCGUCGUACUGAGCGGAGUCCGGACCUCGGGCGUCAUCUUGACCACCGCCACCCGCUUGUACGAUCUCGACUACAACGUCUACAUCAUUUCGGACAACGUCAUCGAGACCCCGCCUGACAACGGGAUCAACCAGUCGAUUCUGGAAGAAAUCUUCCCCAAAUUCGUUGGGAUGCAGGUUAUAUCGCUCGAACAGGCCAAGGGGGCUUUGGAGAGGAGUUAGGUUGCAGGCAAUGGUCUAAGGCGAUGGCGAUGGAGGGCAAGAGAAUUCGGCGUGUGUCAAUCAGAAGGUUGUACG